GUGACCUCUAUUGCAGUUGAAAACACAGUGGAGCCGCUGCUCGAUCAGUGGGAUGUUUGUUUAGGUCUUCAUUUUACCUGUCAACACAGUACUCUCAAAUAACAGCACCGUAAGACAGGCUUAUGUGCUCCGUGCCGCUGGAUCUCCGCUUAGGGGUGCUCAGAGUGUCAGCCGGCUUUGAGAUCUAUCACAGCACUGCAACAUCAAUAUGGGUGUGAUCAGUGUGCAGCUGGUGGUUACCAUGGUAAUGGCCAGCGUGAUUCAGAAGAUCAUACCCCACUACUCCUUUGCACGAUGGCUCCUCUGCAGUGGCAGUCUGCGUUGGUACCAGCACCCCACAGAAGAUGAGCUGAGGACAUUAGCUGGAAAGCAGCAGAAAGGAGGCAAGAGCAAGAAGGACAGAAAGUACAAUGGGCACUUAGAGAACAAGCCAAUGACUAUUCCCAAAGACAUCGACCUUCAGCUGGAGACUAAAUGCAUUGCAGAAGUGGACACACUAGCUCUGCAUUACUUUCCUGAAUUCCAGUGGUUGGUGGACUUCACGGUGGCCGCCACAGUGGUGUAUCUCAUCACUGAGCUGUACUUCUGUGUGGCGGAGCCCAGUGGAGAGAUGAACAUCAGUGUGGUGUGGAGCCUCCUGGUCUUGGCCUUUGUCAUGAAGAUCCUUUUCUCCCUCACGGCUCACUACUUCAGACUAGAGGAGGGCGGUGAACGUUCCCUCUGCAUCACCUUUGCCUUUUUCUUCUUUGUGAAAGCCAUGGCUAUCCUUAUUGUCACAGAGAACUACCUGGAAUUUGGCCUUGAGACAGGUUUUGCAAAUUUUUCUGAAAGUGCCGUGCAGUUUCUAGAGAACCAAGGCCUGGAGUCUCAGGGCCCCAUAUCCAAACUGACCUUUAAGCUGAUCCUGGCACUGCUCUGCGCUCUCAUUGGAGCCUUUCUCACCUUCCCCGGCCUGCGAUUGGCCCAGAUGCAUCUGGAUGCCCUCACGCUAAACAACUGCAAAGUCACACAGACCUUGCUACAUAUCAACUUCUUGGCCCCCUUAAUCAUGGUACUGCUAUGGGUGAAGCCCAUAACAAAGGAUUACAUAACGAAUCCCACAUUUGGGAAAGAUAGUGUGCCUUUAAUGUCUGAGAAGACAUAUGACACUUUACGUCUGUGGGUGAUCCUGCUUCUGUGUGUGCUGAGACUAGCCAUGAUGCGGCAUCAUCUCCAGGCCUACCUCAACCUGGCCCAAAAGGGCGUCUUGCAGAUGAAGAAGGAAGCGGGACGCAUUAGUACAGUGGACCUCCAAAAGAUGGUCGCCCGAGUCUUUUACUACCUGUGUGUAAUAGCUCUUCAGUACGUCGCACCUCUGGUGAUGCUGUUGCAUACUACUUUGCUGCUAAAGACAUUAGGUGGAUACUCGUGGGUGGUUUACCCCGAAGAGAAUUUGCCGUGUCUACCAAAUGAGGACUCGAGCCCCGCCGAGGUGGGGCAAGACGAGAUGCAGGCCUCUCAAACGGUGGCCCAGCUAUCGGUUGCUCUCGGGGGGCUGAGGACUGUUUUCUCCCCCUUGCUAUUUCGAGGGCUCCUGUCCUUCUUCACUUGGUGGAUUGCCGCAUGCCUAUUCUCCACCUCUCUCUUCGGCCUCUUCUACCACCAGUAUCUGAUGGCUGCGUAGCAUCAGGAAUGGCUUGUUCGACUGAACUGUGCGGCGUGAGGCCCUGGAACGUUCCCCUUUUUCUGCAACCAUAUCAGCCGGGUUCUUCUCUGACGGGUGUCCUCCAUUGACACAUUAUUUUAACCUAACCAAUACAUCAACAACAACAACAGUAAUAAGUCACUCAUUCAUAAUAUUCAUAAGCAUCAAUGAACGGAGGACUGCGUUCGAAGGAGAGCUCAAAACAAUGCUGAUUUUAAAGGGGAGGACAUCUUUGAACCACCAGAGGGUUGAAAGCAAGGGAUCACUCAUGGUCGUUGACAUACUGCAUUUUAUUUUUUAGAGUUUAAAAUUAUGAUAGACGAAUUUCAUAAGAAUGACGGUUUUUAAUAGUGUUUUAAAGUUGUUUCACGUCUCUGAAGUAGAAACUGGGUUCUGCUUUAGGGGAAUAUUUCAUUGCUGAUCCGUGAAGAGGAAACAGUGUUUUAGUCAAGCUUGGAGAGUGUAGUGAGGGGAUUCAUCAAGGAGAA